AAUUUGGGACAGAAUGAAUUGUCGUAUCUACCAGAAAACGUGUUUCAAUACACGCCUAACCUGUAUUACCUGUUGCUCAAUGGAAACAAUUUGGAAACAAUUGGCGUUCGAGUAUUCAGAGACCUUCAGAGGCUCAUUCAACUGUCCCUCUAUGAGAAUGCCAUCUUUUCUAUGGUAGAGGGGGCACUAUAUGGAACCACUUCUCUCUUCUAUCUACAAUGGAACUUUGACCCAUCCGACAUUUCAUCGGGGAACAGUCUGAUCUGCGACUGUUCGGCUCUCUGGCUCCAUCGCUACAUUCAGGAGAAAGGAAGACGUAUUGAGACAACGGUCUACUGCGCCGGACCGCCUGACCUGAAUGGAACGGACAUUACAGCUCUCUCUGAAGAACACUUUGGAUGUGAUGACUUGUCGGAGGACUCGCUCCAGAUGCGAGUGGAACCGUCAUGUGACAGUCUUGUGGUCAGGAGAGGAGGGUGCCUGAGAGUCACGUGCACUUCGACCCCCAGCGGCCGCACCUCCUGGACGAGACUCGGGAGGAGCUCGACAGCAGUGGCAGCUCACACCUGUCGCAGCUACUCUUCGUGCGUUGCUCAGAGUGGGGAGAGCGAGCUGGUCAUCGGCGAUGCCUCAGACCAAGACGUCGGUAACUACAUCUGCACUGCCACUCUCAAGAACGUCACUACAGCAGUCACCUGCCACGUAUCUCUUGGAGAGCCACCAUCGGUGGAUCUGGGACCCAGAGACCAGUACCUGGGCUGGCCUGGGGACACUGCUUACUUCCGUGUCCGGGUCUCAGGUCAGCCACACCCCUCUGUGGAAUGGCAUCACGAGUCACCACACGGUACACGGAGCCGAUAAAGGAGGACAAACGGUACGAAAAUUGUUGAUCAUGUGAGGUUCACACUGCCUCUGUUAAUCACAAGAGUUGUUGAUCAUGUGAGGGUCACAUGACCACUCAUGUGAGAGUCACAUGACCUGCUGUUUUCUGACUGUUUUCAGUCACAUGAUAUCGUACUUUGGGAGUUUGGUAAUUCUCGACACGACGCUGGAAGAUGGCGGAGAGUAUCGUGCAGUCGUUAGCAACGGAGCUGGCUCUGUCACCGUGGCUGCAUUCCUGGAAUUCUUCUUCCCCACGCCAUGCAGACAGUAUUGUCAGAAUGGAGGAACUUGCUACCAGGCUCACUACUGCUACUGUCAAUCUGGGUUCUUUGGCAGAUACUGUGAAUCGGGCGAAGACUAUCUCCCACCAGUUUCCCCACCAAACAGUGGUUCAGGCUCAGGAGGCUAUUCGGGAUAUUAUGACGACAAUGAAUCGGGCGAUGAUCAAUAUUCUGAUACGGAGUCUGGAGAUUCUGAAUAUGGGUCAGGAUACUCUGUUGACAACUCAGUAAACUCGGAGGGAUGACUUCGUAAACUAUGAGGAAGAUUCUGAGGGUGAGUCAGUAAAUUCUGAGGGUGACUCAGUAAUCUCAAGUGGAAGUGGAGAACCGCCAAUACUUAGCCCAAGUUAUGGAGAUGAUAAUGAAACAAACUUUAACACAGAAAAUGGUGAAACCGACCGAAAAAGAAGACAAAGCAACGAUGUCGCUGCUGCGGAGAAGUCGUUUCCAUGGAUAUUGGCGGGAGAGCGUCGCCAGCUGACGCAGAAGCCAGAAAGACGGUGGCACAAUGGGCACCAACAGUUGACUGUCAACGGACAGCUUGAAAUGAACGAAGCUGCAGAGAGUCCUGAGAAAGUGAAAACCAGACUUGGUAAAGAAUUGAAGAUGAAGGCGACUUAUGAUGAGAAUGGAUUUGGAGAAAGAAGAGACUUUGACGAACCCACAGAAGGCUUGAACAGGAAGGCAAAGAAUGGCAGGAAGAUGAAGAGGUUGAGAAUCGAGGCUGAAUUAACGGACAAAGGCAAUAGAAGAGUUCAUUGCAGAGGAAGACGCCAGGGAAUUGGAAGAUGCUCUUUUUCCUGACACUGGGCUUGUGGAGGGAGGAGAGGGAGGAGAGGGAGGAGAGGGAGGGGAGAGAGGAGAGGGAGGAGAGAGAGGGGAGGGAGGAGAGGGAGGAGAAGGAGGGAU